AUGGAAUUCGAUUCGGCGGAGCAAAUUCACGAAGAGUUGGACUUGAAACUCGUGCAAGCAAUCAGAAAUGGUGAUACCGCAACGGUCAAGCAGCUUUUGCAAGAGGGAGCCGACGUGUGGUAUAGAGAUGAACAGGGGGUGAGUCCCUUACAUGUUGCUUGCGAAAUUGGAAAUCGAGACAUUGUCAGUAUAUUGCUUCAAGAAGGUCACGCGUGGAAUGCUAUUGACACAAGCGGAACAACUGCUGGAGAAUAUGCCAAACGUAAUGGUCACGAGGAAGUCUACGAAAUGCUUAUCGAAGAAGGUUGUCGCGUUGAAUUGAUUCUUGGAAUGAUUGAGGCAAAGGAGGAAAAAGAUCAACCCUCAAAUAUCGAAUAUUUGUCGCGGCCAUUGAAAUAUUCAGAAGAUGGCACGAAGUUGUUUGACUUUGAAGACAAUGGAGUAAUGAUGGGUUGGGAGAAACCAUUGAUGGACAGACACGCGGAAAUACUUUGUCCACGGGAAGGUUUGGACAUUCUGAACAUUGGGUUUGGCCUGGGACUAGUUGAUAUGGCCAUUGAAAAAUAUAAACCACGUUCGCACACAAUUGUCGAAGCUCAUCCAGAUGUUUACGACUAUAUGAUAAAAGAAGGAUGGGACAAGAAACCAGGUGUAAAGAUAAUUUUCGGAAGGUGGCAAGACGUCUUAGAUCAGUUUGAGAUCUAUGAUGGCAUAUUCUUCGAUACGUUUGGCGAGUUUUACAAGGAUCUACGCGAUUUUCACGAAGAGAUCAUCAAUUUUCUCAAACCCGAUGGGAUAUACUCAUUUUUCAACGGUUUAGGUGCAACGAAUAAUUUUUUUCAUGAUGUUUAUUGUCGAAUUGCCGAGAUGCACCUGUCCAGCGUGGGACUACAAACUGAAUUCAUAGAGAUCCCCAUCGACCCCUCUGAUGAAAAGAUUUGGGAAGGUGUCAAGCGCCGCUAUUGGACAUUGGACACCUAUCGAUUGCCAAUAUGUCGAUUUUUGUCAUAA